CACGACAAAACCAUAAAACUCCAGCAGCUGUUUCUUUUCUUGUUGUCAUUGCCAGACAUGGGAGAGACGGCAGAAGGUGUUGAAGCAGGCGAGAAAUAUGUGAGCAUACCACAGUUGGCUGGAGUUGGAACUCUUCUCUCCAAUGGAGGAAAGGAAAUACCUCUGUCGUCCAUUGAAGGGAAGAGAAUCUGCCUCUUCUUCUCGGCUCACUGGUGCAGGCCAUGCAGGAACUUUACCCCAAAGUUGCUCCAAAUCUACAGGAAACUCAGGAAUACUUGCAAGAAUAUGGAGAUAAUCUUCAUAUCACUUGACCGCGACGAGAUCAGCUUCUUGGACUACUUCAAAGGCAUGCCAUGGCUUGCCUUGCCUUUUGACACUGGCCUAAGGCAAAAAUUAUGUGUGCAAUUUGACAUUGAGCAUAUCCCAGCAUUGAUUCCUCUGUCAACAACGCUAUCUCAUGGAUUUCGAGUCGAAGAGGAUGCAGUGAAGCUGGUUGAGGAGUAUGGAGUAGAUGCCUACCCCUUUGGUGCAAAGAGGAGAAGUGAACUGGAGGGUAUGGAUGAUGCCAGGAGACAAGGAGGUAAUCUUCUGCAACUUCUUGGAUGCAAGGAAAGAGAAUAUGUCAUAAGUGCAGAUGGCAUAAAGACUCCUAUAUCUGACCUUAAUGGCAAGACAAUUGGACUGUACUUUGGAGCACACUGGUGCCCACCUUGCCGUGCCUUCACUAAACAACUCAGGGAGGCGUACGAUGAGCUGAAAGCCUUGAGACCUGGGAAUUUCCAGGUCAUAUUCAUUUCCAUGGACCGCAAUGAGGAAGAAUUCCAAGCAAGCCUGAGUGCAAUGCCAUGGUUUGCUAUCCCCUAUUCUGACACAACUGUGCAAGAACUCAGUAGAAUCUUCACUAUCAAAGGCAUCCCAACACUCUUGAUACUUGGACCAGAUGGUAAAGUGUUCAAAACAGACGGAAGGAGAAUAAUUUCAAAAUAUGGUGCAAUGGCAUUCCCUUUUACAGAAUCAAGAGCUUAUGAGUUGGAAGAAGUUCUCAAAAAGGAAAGGGACAGCCUGCCUCACCGAGUGAGAGAUCACCGUCAUGAGCAUGAGCUUGAGUUGGACAUGGCUAAGGCUUAUGUAUGCGAUGAGUGCCAACAGAAAGGGCAAAACUGGGUCUUCUCUUGCAAGCAGUGCAACUUCGAUCUCCAUCCAACCUGUGCGCAAGAAAGUACUGAUGUAAACAUCUGAGAUAUUUAUACUUCAAAUAUACUGACAACAAUGAUGUAUGCGUUUAUGUAUAUUGUGUCCAACAGAUCUAGUGCUAAUGUGGCACUGGAAAAAAAAAACUUUUAAGAUCUAGUACUACGGGACUCAACACUCAAUAGAAAAAACAGCUAACGUUCUGUGUCCCUGAAUGCAAGAUUAACAGAUGGAAUCUAUGGGUGCACAUUCCAAGUUCCAACAACAAAAUAGUUAUGUAAUGAUUUUUUUCAAUAGAAGUAUUCAUAUGUGACUAUA